GAGGGGGGUUGGUGUCACCCAAAGGGACCCCAUUGUCACCCGGGGGGGCCCAGUUGUCACCCAGAGGGGGGUUGUCACCCGGAGAGACCCCCUUGUCACCCGGAGGGCCACCACCCCCUGGAAGACCGUUGUCACCCGGGGGGACCCCGUUGCCACCACCCCCUGGAGGGCCACCCUUGUCACCCGGAGGACUCUUGUCACCCGGAGAGCCGCCGGUGUCACUCCAAGGGCCACCACCCCACCCAAGGACAUUGUUGUCACCCGGAGGGCCACCGGUGUCACUCGGAGGGCCACCAUCCCGUGGAAGGACGUUGUCACCUGGAGGGCCACCACCCUCUAGAGGACUCUUGUCACCUGGAGAACCGUUGUCACCCCGAGGGCCACCACCUUCUGGAGGUCCGUUGUCACCCAGAGAGCCAUUGUCACCUGGAGGACCACCACCUUCUGGAGGCCCCUUGUCACUUGGAGGGCCACCACCUUCUGGAGGACUGUUGUCACCCGGAGAACCAUUGUCACCCGAAGAGCCAUUGUCACCUGGAAGGCCACCACGCUCUGGAGACCCCUUGUCACCCGGAGACCCGUUGUCACCCGGAGAGCCAUUGUCACUUGGAGGGCCACCAUCACGUCGAAGGCCAUCGUCACCCGGAGGGCCACCACCCCCCAGAAGAUCCUCGUCACCUGGAAGGCCACCAUCCAUGGUGGAACCGAAGCCACCCAAGAUGCCACCUUCACCCCCCGCCUCCUUGUCACCCGUGGGGCCACCUUCACCCCUGGUGGAGGAGGAAGAGGAGGAGGAGGAGGAGGAGGAGGUGUCCUUGUCCCCACCGGGUGGCCCCGACCUGGCCUUGGAGGAGCUGGACGUCACCGAGUUGGCCUUGGCCGCCGGGCUCUUGGGGACGUCGGGGGGGACGAGGAGGGGGGGGGACAGCAGCGAGGAGGAGGAGGAGGAAGAUGAAGAAGAUGAUGGUGGUGAUGGUGGCCACCACCCUGCUCCUCGAGGCGGCCCCUACUACCGCUACCCCCGCACGGUGGUGACACGGGGACAACCUUGUCCCCUCCCCCUGCCGCCCCACAUCCACCAGUUGGACGGGGUGGACGACGGGGGGGACAAGGGGCCACCACCCCCACCCUUGGGGCCACCACCACCAUCUUUGGGGCCACCACCACCACCUUUGGGGCCACCACCAUCUUUAGGGCCACCAGCACCAUCUUUGGGGCCACCGCCACCAUCCAUGGUGGAACCGAAGCCACCCAAGAUGCCACCUUCACCCCCCGCCUCCUUGUCACCCGUGGGGCCACCUUCACCCCUGGUGGAGGAGGAAGAGGAGGAGGAGGAGGAGGAGGAGGUGUCCUUGUCCCCACCGGGUGGCCCCGACCUGGCCUUGGAGGAGCUGGACGUCACCGAGUUGGCGGCCCCUACUACCGCUACCCCCGCACGGUGGUGA